ACUCAGAGCUUGUCUACCAGUCCAUCCUCUCUGCCAUCUGUCGUUCUCUGAUCACCCUUGCCGAGGCAGCCGGCUGUGACAGCGUCCUUGAGACCAUAGCCGAGGACCUGGAGACCCACCAGACCAGCUCCCCCCCUGCCAGCACCCCUUACACCAUGUCCCCGGAGUCCACGCCGUACUAUGGCAGGUCCAGGGCUAGCACCGGUAGGACCAGGACCAGCAGACCAGACUCGUCUAUGUCCUACAUGUCAGACAUGACCUGGACUCUGAAUAAGAACCGGGACUACACCCAUCUUAGGUUUGAAGUAGCGGUCAAGUUUGCCAUCCCUAAGAUCAUCAUCGAGCCGACCCUGGAUGCAGUGAAGACCUCGUUGGGUCAGAUAGCUCAGGUCAUCCUGAGCGUAGCAGACAAGGUGACCUGGUGGGCUGGGGAUGGGGUCGGGGAGACCAUGCUAGGAGACAUCUCAGAUGAACUCAUGGUGCAGAGCUCACUCAGGCAGCUGGACGGUGUCGUAGAAGACCUCCAGAGGGACAUUGACAAGCACCUGUUCCACUUCCGAUUCUACGACUUCCUGUGGAAGGACGACAUGUAUGGCUCUUACUACGACUUCAUCGCCAACGAUCCUGGCACCUUCGCCAUCAAGCGAGAGGUGGAGCGCCUCCUCCACAUCGAGGAUAAGAUCCAGGGUAUUCCAAAGAUCCUUCCCAUCGGUCCAAUCUCCCUGGAGACUAGACCCAUCACAGACGCCCUCUAUGGUUUCGCCAUGCAGUGGAAGGCACAGUAUGCACAGGUGCUGCAUGAGGAGGGCAAGCGUCAACUGGACAAUGCCAUCAAUUACCGGACAAGCAUCAAGUCCAAGCUCAUGGCCGAUGUGGUAACCCUUGACCAGCUGAAUGGCACCCUCAAUCUCCUUGAGGAGGUCAGGGAUAUGGAGAAUAAGAUCGAUGCUAUCUAUCUACCCAUUGAGACCAUGUAUGCAGACCUCAUAAGCUACCGUCUUCGUCUGCCGCGCUCCGAGGUGGAGGAGGUGGAGAAGCUGAGAGAUAACUGGCAGGAGGUGGUGGAUCUCGCUGAGAAAUGUCGGAUCAGGCUCCUCAAGGAGAGACGUGGAGCCUUUGAGCAGGAGCUUGACAAACAAGUCAAGAUGUUUGUGGUAGAGGUGAUACAGUUCAGAAACAGCUUUGACUCCCAGGGUCCAGCCGUCCCAGGCGUCCAGCCAGCCGAGGCUGUAGCAAGACUCCAUGAGUUCCAGGAGAUCUUCAAGCUCUAUGACUCUAAGAGGAGGACCUUAGACUCGGUGUCCAGGCUCUUUGGUAUUGUCUGUAAGCCCUUCCCUGAACUGGACAAGACAGGAGAGGAACUGGAUCUUCUAGGACUGCUCUAUGGUCUCUUCCAGAAGUUCAUAGCCUUUGACAAUCAGUUCAGAGACAGACUCUGGGCCGAUGCAGAUCUACCAAAGGCCAACAAGGAGGUUGAGCAGUACUGGGAUGAGUGUCAGAGCCUACCAGAUAAGAUCAAGGACUGGGAUGCAUAUAACAACAUGAAGAACAGCAUCAAGUUCUAUCUCGAUGUCUUCCCUAUCCUACACAAGCUGGCAUCAAAGGAAAUCCGCAAUCGUCACUGGCUCCAAGUGAUGGGAGUGACUGGGAGCUCUUUCCAGCUUGAGGCUAACGUCUUCAAACUGUGUCAUAUCCUUGACAUAGGCCUUAUACCGCACCAGGCAGAGAUUGAAGAGAUCUGUCACUGUGCCAGCAAGGAGCUGGAGCUGGAGGUGAAGCUCAGGGUCACCGAGGAAGAGUGGACGGAGCAGGUCAUGACCUUCACAGACUACAAGAGACGCGGACCCAUCUACUUGGAGAAGGACUCUAUGGAGCACCUUCUGGAGCAGCUGGAGAACGCCCAGGCCGUCCUGGCCAACAUGCUGACAUCAAGGUUUGUGGGACCGCUGAGAGAGGAGGCUGCAGGAUGGGCAGAGAAACUCAGAGGUGUUGGAGAGGUUUUGGAGCAGUGGCUAGAGGUCCAGGACCUAUGGCAGUACCUGGAGGCAGUCUUCAGUAUUCCUAGGACAGCCAAAGAGCUUCCCCAGGAGGCCAAACGCUUCAACAGGAUUGAUAAGAGCUGGAGUAAGAUCCAGAGAAGAGCUUACGACACAAGGAAUGUCCUUCAAUGCACCUACGGUGGAGAAGUGCCUAAAGGAGUCGUCUUGCGUCACAUCCAUGAAGAGCUUGAGAUCUGCUUCAAGUCUCUGACAGGCUACCUAGACAAGAAGAGACAGGUCUUCCCAAGGUUUUACUUCCUGUCUGACCCUGUCCUCCUGGCUGUCCUCAGUCGACCUUUCGACCUUGAAUCUGUCAAACCUCAUCUCAGAUGCAUCUUUAACUACGUGUAUGACAUCCGUCUGGAGCGCAUCCAGCCCCUCACCGCUCAGACACAGCGUACCCCAUCCCCUGAGAAAGGCAUCUUACACAGCCCCACCAAGGAGCCACAUGCCUCCCCGACGCGGAGUGGAUCAGGCCAUGGGCUGGCAGGCAUCCAAUCACGACUCUCCGUUGACAGCAGGAUGGGAGCUGCCACUGGAAUGGAGGGGGGUGUUCAGGAUGGUACAGAGGGAGGGCUGAUGCAGGCAAUAGCAGUCACAUCCAAGGAAGGGGAAAUGCUUAGUCUGGACCAAGAGGUUCCUAUCAAAGAUGGCGUAGAGGUGUGGCUGAAGGGUUUGAAGGAAUCCAUCACCAAGACCAUGUGUAGCACAGUCUCAAACAUGAUCCAAGAUAUGGAGAACAAUCUAGCAGUAGAGGAGCUGGCGUACAAGUACCCGACCCAAGUAGCCGCCCUAGGCCUGACCAUGUACUGGACCAAGGAGUGUGAACUGGGCAUCAUGGAGAUCCGUAAUGACCGCAAGGCCAUCCCUAACACCUCCAAGAAGUUUGUGACCACCAUGUCCAGGUUGACCCAGGUCCUGACCAAGGGGGCGUGGAAGGCCACUGAGGAACACGUGACACCGCUCCAUCGGCUGCGUCUGGAGAGCAUGAUUGCCCAAUCUUACUAUCUUCGUGAUAUCCUGGAUAACAUGGGUAACAGGAAGCUGCGAGAGCUCACUGAUUUUGAAUGGCGGAGGUGCAUCAGAGUCUAUCCUAAGCAAAGAUCAGAUGGUAGCCAUGAGCCUCAGAUGACCAUCUUGGAGGAGCGUCAUCCGUACGGUAAUGAGUUCUUUGGAGGGCAGUCGUCGCUUGUUGUCACUCCCAUCACUGAGAGAUGCUUCCUCACUAUGGCAAUGUGCAUGAACCAGUUCCGAGGCAGUGCCCUGACGGGAGGCACCGGCGUGGGUAAGACAGAGACAGUCAAAGGUCUAGCUUUCUUCUUGGGCCGCUACCUUGCCUUGUUUGGCUGCUCCCCUCAUUCAGAUCCUGCCGCACUGGGAAAGGUAGUCCAAGGACUUGCUAUGGAUGGGAGCUGGGGAUGCUUUGAUGAGUUUCAGCUGCUUCACAAGGAAGCAGUUGCCAUGGUGUUAGAUCAUGUCCAUGCAGUCAUCUCGGCCCUACAGGCUAGGAAGAAGAUUGCCGUCUUAGGAGAUGGAGAAGAGAUCACUCUCGGUCGCAACAUCGCCCUCUUCAUCACCGUCAACAACGAGACCGGUCUCCAUGGUGAUAUACCAAUGGACAUCAAGCUUCUUUUCCGCACCGUCUCCCUGGUUGUACCAGAUAUGUCUCUGAUCCUCAAGGCACGUUGCGCCGCCUACGGCUUCCGCUCUCCCAAGGUCCUGGCAGACAGGCUCAAGAUGGUGGUCCAACAGUGCAAAGAUCAACUGAACCCCGGAGAUGUGGAGCUCUUUAACCUCAAAUCUAUGGUUACCGUCCUCCUGCAUGCCGUCUCCUCAUGGCGAGAUGUGGAAGGGUCUAAGGAAUAUCACCAGCUGUUCAGCAUAGGAUCCAUUGCAGCUACAGUUAUGUUUGCUAACAUGGGACGGAAGCUGACCAAGGAAGAGAGAAUGGAACUCUCUAGGGCUAGCAGCCAAGGAUCACUGGUCCAACCGGGCAGCGCCAUGCCCUCUGCAGCCAUGUUAAAGACCGUUGAGAAGCAACCCAGGAAGACAGGAAACACUAACCCUAUGACCCCUGCAGCGAAGGCUGAACAUGCGGUGGUGGCCCAAGCUCUUCAGGACAUCGUGGGACCAAGGCUUAAACCUGACGCGCUGUACCUCUUCAACAACGUGAUCAAGGAUGUAUUCAACAGCGUUGGUGAUGCACCUACCCCUCACUCCAGCCGAGCCCGACGCAACAAGAUGAGCGUGGAGAACAUGGUGAUAGAGAAGGCUCAGGAGAAUGGACUCGUUGCGUCCUCUCCAUGGGUGGCCAAGGUCAUGCAGCUCUAUGCCAUCUCACAGGUUAAUCAUGGUGUUAUCGUAGCCGGUGGCCCUGGUACGGGCAAAUCCACCUGCAUCCAGAUCCUGGUUGAGGCCCUCUCUGCCGUGAACCCUGCUCAGUCACGUCAGUCUCGCAGCAGUGUCUCCAGCAUCACCUCAAUCAGUCACAAGCUGCAGCGUAUCAGCCCUCUGGUGGUGGAUGAUCUCUCACUCAUGUUCGGGUACAUCAAUCAGAACCAUGACUGGACGGACGGAGUCUUCACAAACGUCUGGAAGAAAGCAAACAGGAACGUGAGUACGACCUGGCUGUGUCUGGACGGUCCCUUGACCCCCAGCUGGACGGAUAACUUCAACACCGUGCUGGACAAUGACCGAGUGCUGAACCUCCGUAACGGAGACAGGCUCUUCCUAGCUGAUAACGUGAAGCUCCUCUUUGAAACGGACAGCCUGUCCAAUGCAUCACCAGCAUCUGUUGCGAGAGCUGGUAUUGUCUACUUGGACCGUGAGGUGCUUGGCUGGAGACCUGUUGCACAAGCUUGGUUAGAGAACCGCAACCAACAAGAAAUCCAUUGUCUACAGAAGGCCUUCAACAAGACUAUGGAUGCAGUGGUCAACUAUGUCCUCUUUGAAACCAAACCCCUUGCCACUCUGACCGAAGUAGGAACCUUCAAGACUUGCCUGGGUCUCCUGGAGUCUAUGCUCAAUGAACACAUUGAGAUCGGAGGAGAGCUUCAUAUUGAACGUCUCUUCUUGUUCUGCCUGAUCUGGACGUUUGGAGGACUACUAGAAGGGUCAGACAGGAAGGGAUUCAGUGACCUUCUACGUACCUUGACAUCAGCUCUGCCUGACUACGACCAUGACAUCUCUGUCUUUGAUUACUAUGUUGAUGAGUCAGGUGAAUGGGAUCCUUGGAUCUCCAAGGUACCUGAUGUAGCCUACACAGACACCAGGGAUCUACUGGGAGAUGUCCUGGUGGAUACCGUCGAUACUAUUCGUACACGAGUUCUGAUGGAGUUUGCCAAUCUGACCAACAUGCAUGUGAUGCUGCUAGGACCACCGGGGUGCGGCAAGACGGCUAUGAUUAAUGACUUCAUCAAUACACUGGAUUCAAGCAACCAGAUAACCAAGAGACUGGUAUUCUCUGGAGCAUCCACUGCUUCACAGCUACAGCAGUUCAUUGAGACCAACAUACACCACAGGCAAGGAUUUGUGUAUGGCGCCCGUGACACCAAGCGUUUCCAGCUCUUCGUAGAUGACAUCAACCUGCCACCCUGCGACGAGCAUGGCGUCCAGCGCUGCAAUGAGCUCAUGCGUCAGCUCCUAGAUGAGCGCCUUCUUAUCACGCUGCAGAAGCCGUUUGAAUGGAGGACCAUUGAAGACCUGGUGGUCUUGUCUGCUUGCACCAUGAACAACUAUCCCAGUUCCAGUAGCAGGAAGAUACCAGAUAGGCUUCUGCGUCACUUUGUACUGAUCCAUCUUCCUGAGCCCAAGGAAGGAGCGCUGAGCAGCAUUGUGGAUGCUGUACUGGACGGUAACAUGACCAAACACAACGGUCAGUCUCUGGCUCAGGAACUCCAGGAUGCUAUCGUCAAUGCUUCCUGCAAGCUCUUGACCUCUGUCCAGAAGGUCCUACGUCCCACACCAAUGCCUGGACGAUACCAUUACAUGUUCACCCUCAGAGACAUCUCCAAGACAUUCCAGUGUCUGAUUAGACUCUCUGAAGAAGCCAGAGGAGAAAUCAACAUGGUGUCAUCGCUAUGGCGACACGAGGUGCAGAGGAUCAUGCGUGAUCGUCUCUGCCGAACGUCUGACAUCAACUGGUUCGACAAGAACCUGGAUGAAAUCUGCAAAGCAGAGAUCCCCCAGUGUGAGGAUGAUGAGGGUAUCUUUGAACACUUUGUGACGUUCCCAAUCGAGCAUCGAGGUUAUCAGAGACCAGUCACCUCCAUGUCACAGAAGACUGUCAGGGUUAUUCUACAGCCAGUGUCCAAUCUGGAGCAGGUGCAUAAAUGCAUCCUGUCUCAUCUGACCCGAUACAACGAGGAGUUUGGUAACGUCACUCUGAACAUCAUGCUGUCCGAUGAUGUCAUCUAUCAUGUGAUCCGCAUGCAUCGUGUACUCAGCUUCCAUCAUGGUGGUAGCAUGAUGUUAGUAGGUGCUAUUGGUAGUCACCUGACCACCCUGGUCAACCUUGCCCUCCACGUAGCCGACAUGCCUAUCCAUCCCAUGGAUACAACCAAGGCUAAUACAUUCUUUGAUGGCCUACGCUCGGCAGUCAGGCUAUCAGGCACAGAGGGCAAGAUGCUCACUCUCAUGUUCACGGGUCGUGACCUGAAAGAGGAUGUGUACCUGGAUGCUAUCAACAGUAUCCUGAUAUGUGGGGAAUACCCUCCUCUCUUCUCUAAUGAUGAACUGGAUGGACUCUUACAGGCUCUGACUCCAGCUAUGAAGAGACGUUUCCCAAACGUUCUGGUUGACCCCAUGAAGUUCUUUGUGUCUAGGGUCAAGACUAAUUUGCAUAUCAUCCUCUGCCUGCCACCCACUCACAGGCUACUGAAGAUAGCUCCCAGUCAAUACCCUGGUCUGUUGAGUGGUAUGCAGAUGAACUGGGUAUGUGAUUGGUCUCAGAGUGCUCUGCUUGGAGAAGGAGGUUACUACAUCCAGAAGCAUCACUUAGCCAAGGACAGCUCAAUCGAAACAAGAGAAAACCUUGUGACCUGUAUGUCGACCAUACACAGCUUUGCGCUGGGCGAUUGCAACCAGAUACCCUGGGCUGGGAGUGUGGAAGACAAGAUUAAACUCACUACGCUCAAAUUACAUGGCAAGAAAGAGAUCGUCAAGGUCCACACUCAGCGAGUCGACAACCUCCCGUACACCAAACUCAUCAUGAAAGAGAGGAUCAAGCAAAAGCACUACUUAGAAGGAAACCCUGGCAAGCAAGAGCUCUUUGUUGGUCCCAGAACAUUCCGACGAUUCAUGGAUUGCUUCAGAUACAUCUACAAUAACAAGAGCAAAGAGAAUACUGCCAAAGUGGGCAGACUCAAGAAAGCACUGAACUGCUUGGCCCGAACCUACAGCGACUGCAAGAACAAGCGUCUUGACAUCCGUCGUCUGCAUACCCUCUACGAGGAGGCGAGUAAGAGGACGGCUGACCUUCUCCAGCAGCUGACUGGGAAGGCCACCAUCCUGGAGAAGACCAAGGCUCAGUAUACAGAGGCCAGUAACAGUCUCAGUGCAUUCCUGCAUAUGAACGAGGUGGAGAGUGAUGAGGAGGUUGAAGAUCAGCUCCUGAUCGAUGAUGAGAGGGAUGAGUAUGAUCGAGAGUUUGAUCGUAUGAGAGAGGAGAAUCUCAAGUCCAGGAAGGUCGCUAUAGAGGAAGAACUCGCCACCGUCAGGAGGAAAAUGGAUGAAUGCAGAGCCACUCUACAGAAAAUACAUGAUCAGGUAAUGCAAUGGAAAGAGAAGGUGGACCGUCCAUGCAUCGAGCGUCUCAAGUCGUUCACCAACCCACCUCCCAUCGUCCUCCAAGUGAUGGAGAUGGUGAUGGCCCUCCUAGGGAAGAACAAACCCGUCGGAAACUACCAAGGAGACAAGUCUCUUCAUCUACCAUCCAACGAAGAGGCCUCCAUGAUGUCUGGACGACAGUCUACAUCGUCCAGCGGUGGGAUGAAGAGCCCUUCCAAGUGGAAGCAAAGAGAUACUGGGUCCAAGUCAAAGGGCAAAGACCAAGCCUCAGACAAGCAGCGCUGGAAACAGAUCGCAGUACUCCUCCAGGACUCUGUCAAGUUUGUUGACAUGCUCCAUGGGGUGUCUUGGCAGAAUGGUCUCCAUCGUAACAUCCUGGCGAACAUAGAGUACUACCUUCCCAGUAAGAACAAGGAUGGCGAUGGCGUGACUGGAGAGGGCUCACUUCUAGAAAUACCGGGUGGGCCUAAGCUGCCCCCCUCAUCGCGGCGUAGCCCCUCACCCGGUGACGGCGCCCCCAACAUCACCAUCGCUGCCACCCGUUACAGCUCGGAGGAUGCGGGUAACCUGGUGGCUUACAUCUGUGCCAUGGUGGAGUACACACACUCCUGUGGACCCCUCCAGAAUCUUCUGAAGCAGGUCAAGGAGCUGGAGGAGCAACAGAGGGAGACCGAGAGGCUCCAGAAGGAGAAAGAUGAAAGGGAUGCCAAGGAGGCCAGCAAGGAGGUGGAGCCCGCCCCGGAGCCCGAGAAGGAGUACACCGAGGCUGACAUCCCUAUUCUCCAGGAGGAGGUCACUGAACUCCAGCGACAGUUUGAUGCCUCCGUCGUUGAGAAGCACUCCCUGGAGAUAGAACUGUCUGCUAGCAAUGAGAGACUGAGGGCAGCCACCAAUAUGAUUGUCAGCUUACAGCAGGAGAAAGAGCGAUGGCAGACAUACGUCGAUGAGAACGCAGACAACGAAUGGUUGCUUAGCAACUGCAUGACAGCGGCCGCCUUCCUGACGUACUGCGGUGGUAUGACGUCAGAUUCCCGUCAGCGCAUGGGAGAAUACAUCAACCAAGUGUGCGUGGAUACGGGGUUCCCCAUCCCGAAACGACGAGUUCUGAAAGAUGUCUCCCUCAUACAGUUCCUCUACACUCCGUUUGAGAUUGAAUCGCUGAAGACAUUGAAGCUACCUAGUACACCUAAUUCCCAGGACAAUGCUUGCUUUGUCAUGCAAGAACAUAGCGCUACAGCCUGGUCACUUCUGUGUGAUCCUACUAGCCGGAUCCUAGACUGGAUCAAAUCUUAUCUCAACGGCCAGCUCGUUGUUAUCAAGUUCCAUGAGCUUAGAGCCCAGCUUGAGACGUGCCUGACUGAGGGGACUCCCCUCGUCCUGAUGGACUGUGACGUAGACAAGCUGGCUGAGGAUCCAAGAUUCUAUCGGCUGCUGAGAAGUAGACUAGCGUUCAUCAAUGGCAAGAGCAACUUCAAGAUGAUGGUUGCUGACCAUGAGGUUGAGUGUCAUCCAGGCUUCCGUCUCUACCUUCAUACCACCUGCCAGCCACACUGCGUCCCUGAUGAGCUGGCUGCUUACACCAGCGUGAUGUACUUCUAUCAGACGAGGGAAGACUGUGAAGAAGAGCUUCUUGAUCGGUUCAUGACCCUGGAGAAGGCUCGACUUGAGGAGGAUAGGAUCACUGCUCUCAAGGAGAGGAUCUCUAACAUGAAGCAGCUUGAUCAACUUGAAGACCAGAUGCUGGAAUGCUUAGCCUCCGACAACAGACUCCUCAAUGAUCUAGCUACUACAAAGAAACUAGCUGACAUGAAGAAACAUUACGAUGAAACAGUUGAGAGCCAAGAACGUGUUCAGAUCUCAGAGAAUGCCAUUCACAAUGCGAGGGAGGGCUACCGUUCCAUCGCCCGUAGAGGAGCGGUCUGCUUUGACGUCUCUCGAGGGAUGUCAGAGGUCAACUUCAUCUAUCAGACGUCAUGGCAACAAUUCUUAGAGACCUUUGACAUCUCCAUCAAGCAUUCAGAGAGAUCAGCUGCAGUCAAGGCUGUCGUUGAGCGGUUGACAUACAAUGCCUUCCAGGCUACAGCUCGCUCACUGCUGGAGAGAGAUAGACAUAUCUACUCUGUCUUCCUAGCUAUGGAGGUGGAAGAUUCGAUCGGUAACGUAGGAUAUGGUGAGCGCGAGUAUGUGAUCUCCCCUCAGCUUGGCUCUGCUACUAUGAGUGGCUUGGGUCUGUCUGCUCCCUCAGACCACAGGGUCUGUCAGAUCAGGAAACCCUUCGAUUGGAUGCUGGAUGAUCAGUUCCAUUCCUUACAGUCCCUCGCCAUCAAUUUUGAGUGGUUCCAGGACAUGUUUGAGAGGAUGCCUAAGGACGGUAGAGAGACCCAGUGGCGUACCCUAGGCGAGCAUGAGAACCCAGAGCUUCAUCCGCUACCAGAGAAGAUGGAUGAUAACUACAAUCCCAUGCAGAGGCUCAUGGUCAUACGAGCGUUCAGACCGGAUAGGAUCAUGCAAGCCGCCACUGUGUUUGUAGGAAAGUCACUUGGCAAGAAGUAUACCAAUGAUGUAGCCAUUGAUCCCAACGUGAUCCUGAGGCAGACCUCUCCCGUCAUCCCCGUUCUGCUUCUCUACACCCGGGAGGGGGAUGUGGCAGAGAAGAUCUUCCAUGAGUUCUCAGCCAAGAAACAGGUCCAAGGCACCGUGGUCAACCUCAGCAAUGCUGAACACAACGAGGAGAGACGAGCCAGGAAAGCAGUACAGCACGCAAUGCAAGAAGGUACGUGGGUGAUGCUGAAGAGUGCUCACAAUGCCACCCAUCUACUGAACUCACUAGAGACUCUACUCCAAGAGAAUGAUAACAAACAGGGCGGGGAAAGCCCCUUCAGAGUGUGGAUCUCAGCACAGGUCAGCAGGAAUAUACCAGUCAGGCUCCUGCAGUAUGGGGUCAAGGUCGUCAUUGAUACACCUAAGAUUGUCAAAGAAUCUCUCCUUCGAGCAGUCAGCUCCUUUGAACCAGAGCAGCUCAAGGCUAGCUCCCGGUCCGAGUGGGUCCCUCUACUUCAUAACAUUGCCAUGGUUCAUGCCACCGUCAGACUGCGAGGGCGCUAUGGUCUCGCUGGGUGGAAUUACCCAGACGUCAUGGAUUUCUCCCAUAAUGAGCUUAGUGAGGCAUUCAACAUCGCCAGGAUGGUGUUCAGUGAUAGCCCCUCAGAGAAUGAGUCUUUGAAGGGUAUUUCCUGGAUGGGACUGAGGUACAUCCUGACUGAGAUCAUCUACGGUAGCUACAUCAACGAUGACUACGACAGGACCAAUCUAUCGGCCAUGGUAGAUUAUUGGAUUGGACCCAACGCAACCAAGAGGGAGUUUGAAGCUACCAAGUUGAAAUUCCGCAUCCCGCCAGCUUUCUUCAGCAACUAUGUGAGAGUCAGUUCUCUGACUCAGUCCAUAGAAGCCUUGCCAAACCACUUUCUUGAUGUCCCAGAGGCCUGUGGUAUGCAUACAUCGUACGAGACCGGUGCAGAAGACUCGUUGUUUGUUACUAUUGAUAAGAUACACGAGACUGUCUUAGGAGAUGACCAGUAUGUCUUCACAAGACUCAACCAAGUCCUAGAUGCGAUGCCGUCCACUAAGACCCUGAGCCACGUCCUGCAGCCCAGACCAGCCACACCUUUCCAUGGUCCUUCCGUUGCCUCUGUGAAUGGUACAGCCCUCCAGCCCAACGUGGCUGACAUGGGGGUCUAUGCCAGCGCUAGCCAUUCAUUCAUCAAGAGCAAGCGAGAGACAGAGAUCUGGGAGAUAUGUCAUAACAUAGUCAGCAAAAUCCCCAAAGGAUGGAACAGGGAUUACAUCACAGAGCGUGUUCGUAAGAUCGGUGGUGAUACUCCUUUCAAUCGCUUUGUUCUGAGAGAGAUUGACUUGAUGAUCAGACUCAUAGCUGAUCUCAAAGCUACAUUCAAUAAACUGAAACACCUCUGUGAGAAUCCCAACGAGACGUUCGGUGAUCAGAUGUCAGAACGACUGAUAGACAUCGCCGAUGAUCUCUUCCAUCAUCGAAUCCCUUCCGUCUGGGCUGGGUUGUGCGGUGACUCCGCCCCACCUCCUAACUGGUUCCUAGCUCAGUGGAUGUCAGAUCUGAGUCAUCGAUGCCAACACCUAGAGAGGAUUAUAGUACAGGGUAAGGACAAGUUCCCUGCCUACUGGCUUGGAGCAUUCUUCCAUCCCCGAGCUCUACUAGCCCUACUCAAACAAGAUGCCAUUAGGGCGUAUGGACAUAACAUCUCACAAUCUGAGCCGGUAGUCUUCCAGACGGAGAUCACGGCUAGGGAUAAAGACCAUGUUCGUGACCCCCCUCAGGAAGGCAUGUUUGUGUACGGUGUGUACGUCUGGGGCUGCUCCUGGGAGAAGACGACCGGUGAACUCCAGGACUCCCCUCCCCGCCACGGCGCCACCCUGCUACCCAUCAUCCACAUCACCACCAUGCCUUACAGUGAGAAGCCUGCGUACAAUGAGCAGCGCACCAGUGAGAUGUACCUGUGUCCCGUGUACCCCACCAGGAUCUGCGCUAGGUCACCGGUGUUCCUCCUGGACGUGAAGCACGAUAAUGUGUCUGCGUCCAAGUGGGCGUUGCGAGGCUUGGCAGCCACCAUCAGGCCCUAUUAGCAAACGUUGUUAAGUGGCUCCGUGAAGUACAGGGUUCACUCUGCAUUACUAAAAUCUGUUGGGACCGCAAAAGAUGCCUAGUCUUAUGCAAAAUUGGAGUAAGGAUGUUGAAAUAUCAUAUUAUUUUUGCAUAGGUUCGUUACAAAAUUGAUUCAACUGAGGGAAAGUUUAGCUUAAUCGACU